CCCGCGCUGCUCACGGGAGACGUGCGAGUCAUCGCGUCGAUGCGUCGCGGUGCCGCGUGAACGUAGGGAAAGCCGUCCGUCGCUUGACGGCCGCCGCGUCUUGUGUCAACGUCACGUCACGUCGCCGUCACCGUCGCGUCGCAUCACGGCGUCAACGUCGCGCCGCGUCGAGCCGAGCCGACGAAGGAGCAACGGACGUACAAGGACGGCAAGGCUCGCCGAGGGGCGCGUCCGGAUCCCGCGGUCCUUCGACACGGCCAGAUCCCGGUGACGACGGACCGAGUGAGCGGCCCCUUGGACGAAGAAGCAGCCUGCAGCGUGCGCUUCCCUAUUCAGAUACGCAGUGCCAUUCCAAAGAACCAUUGCUCACAGCUGUGCUAAACUAUAAACGCUAUGCUUUAAUGAUAGAUAGUGUUUAAGAGGUUUUCACAUACAUAUACACGCGCACUCGCGCGCACACGUAUACACACACGAUCGUUGUGUGUAAUUUAUAUUUAAUAACGUAACGUCGCAUGCACAACAAUAAGAACUACUGAACGUACGGUGGAGGUAGAAGAGGACAUUGUGUGCGUUUGGAUAAUUUUAUAUAAAUCGAAGAAUCGUCGGAGAGGGAGCGAGCGAGCGAGCGGAUUCAAAUUCUCCGGAGAGAUGUUGCCAAAGGGAAGCUGAGUCUCUUUCUUUUCUCACCAAGCCAAGCUCUCGACUUGAAGUAAUGACCAAGACUGUAAAGACAUAUUUGCGCUAGAAUUGAUCGCGCACGAAUCAAUCGUUGGAACAUUUCACUAUGUCUUGAGCGAAACUGUCUUGCACCCCACGAGAGAGUGAGAUAGAGCGAGAGAGAGAGAGAGAGAGAGAGAGAGAGAGAGAGAGAGAGAGAAAGCGAGCGAGAGAAAGAGAGAGAGAGAGAGGAAAAGAGAAAGGAGAAGAUUAAUCUUGACAGUUUGUCGACUCGACGAUAUCACAGCGCGGUAAAAAUGGCGAGGAAGAGCGACAACGCGAAGAGCAUCAACAUCGCGGUGGUCGGACUGUCCGGCACGGAGAAAGACAAGGGGCAAGUCGGCGUUGGCAAGUCGUGCCUGUGCAACCGCUUCAUGCGCUCCUUGAGCGACGACUACAACGUGGAACACAUCUCGGUGUUGUCGCAGUCUGACUUCAGCGGACGCGUGGUAAAUAACGAUCACUUCCUGUACUGGGGCGAAGUGACGAAGGCGGCGGAGGACGGGACGGAGUUUCAGUUUCAGGUGAUCGAGCACACGGAGUUCAUUGACGACGCGUCGUUUCAGCCGUUCAAAGGCGGCAAGAUGGAGCCGUACGCGAAGAGAUGCGCCGCCACGAAGAUCACGAGCGCGGAGAAGCUCAUGUACAUCUGCAAGAAUCAGCUGGGCAUAGAGAAGGAAUACGAGCAGAAGGUCUUGCCAGACGGCAAACUGAACAUCGACGGUUUCCUCUGCGUGUUCGACGUCAGCCUUGUGCCCAAUAGGAUGAUCGAGAAGCAGGUUGAGAUCGUGGCGAACAUCCUGAACAAUCUGAUGAAAACCAAGAAGCCGAUCGUGCUGGUGACGACGAAGAACGACGACGCGAACGAGCAGUUUGUGAAGGAGGCGGAGAAGCUGAUAAUGCGCAAAGAAUAUAAAGGAUCGAUACUGAUCGUCGAGACUUCAGCACAUGAGAACAUUAACGUCGACCUGGCAUUCAUGAUCGUUGCGCAGUUGAUCGACAAGACCAAGAUGCGCAGUAAGGUGAUACCGUUCGCCGAGGCUGCCAGAGCCAGGAAGGAGCUGUUGGACGCCUCCACGGAGUCCCUGCAGAGACUAAUCCGGGUGCACGUGACCGAUUAUCGCGCGCUGUGGUCGCAGGCUUCGAAGAAGCUCGCCCAACACAAGGAAUUCUCCACGUUUGUCGAGCUCUUCGGCAUCGAAGCGACGCAGCGGCUCUUCAGAAGACACAUCAAGAAACUCAAGGACGAGCAAGUGGCGAAGAAGAUACAGGGCUACCUGGACAUGUUGCCGGAUAUUCUUCACGAAAUCUGCCCUGACAUAACUAAUCUGAUUAACGAAGAAUGGUCAGCGGUGCAGCAAUACAUCAAAGAGCACCCCGACUUUCACCAGUACUUCUUCGAGUGUCCCGAGGACAUACCGUGGAUCGACUGUGAUUUCGGUGAGAGCAAUGGCACGAAGAUCCCUUACGAUGUGUUGGAGACGCCCGAGGCGGAGACUGUCUUCAAGAAUCAUAUUAACGCCUUGCAACAAGAGCAACGGCGACUGGAACUUCCGAAAAGGUGGAAGAAGCAAUUCAAGCAGUUGUUGGAGGAAACUGGCUAUGUUACACCUGGGAAACAUCUGUCCGAAGUUAGAGUUUUGUUUAUGGGCAGAGAAUGCUUCGAGGAGCUUUCUCAUCACGAUUGCCAAGAGAUUUACGACCAGCACCAAAAGGAGAUUAUCGAGAAGGCGAAACAUAAUUUUCAGGAAUUAUUAUUGGAGCACGCCGAUUUAUUUUAUCACUUCAAAAGCAUAGCCCCGUCCGGCACCAUCACGCAAGACGAUAUCAAAGAAAUCACAGACGCGUUAUUGGACGAUUUCAGAUACAAAGCGCUAGAUAGAUUAGAUCAGGAUAGAAAGCUAAUGCUGUUUCAACAUUUGGGAUUUGUGCAUUGUCCCAUAAGAGAGCAUUGCCCAGCUUAUCCGAAUUGCAUGGACGCGCUGAUAGAGAGGAUACUCGGCACGAAGGCACACAGACCUUCCUCAUGGAAUCACAGUAGUCAGUGGCAGUUAACGUCGGAUAACAAUCAGUUGAAUUUAGUCAUACUCGGGAGUAACAAACUGAGUGAGGAAUUCGCCCGCGAGAUAAGGGCGCAAACUGAGGAUGACGAGGUCGAGAUAGACUGCCAGUUGUACACCCUCGGAUAUCGCAUCAUAGACGGCGAUGUCGGGCUGCCGCACAACUCCUUCACUACCUCCGAUUUCAUGCCGCACGGGUCUUUUUGUAUCUACGCGAACGAAGAUUCCUUUGAAUACAUUCGAUCCUCCUUGGAGAAAACCCUGCUGUCGAAUUUAGAGCAGGAGGACAGACUACCUUUCCAAGGAUUGCCCAUUGUAAUAAUGUUUGUACCAGAGUCUAGUAUCGACGAGAUGGAAGCCAUGAGGCUGAAGGAGGAGGGACAAAAUCUCGCUGACAGUUUGCAGUGUCCGUUCAUCGAUGUCUGCAUAGACGAUCUGGAACAGGACAAGAGGUUCCCAACUCCCUUGGUGAAGGACGCUCUGCAGCAACUCAUACAAUCCAUAAAUCAUAGGGCUGGUUUUUUAAAUAUUUACCAGAGCGUCAUCGAAUGCUUGGAGCCUGAUAUUAGGAUAAUAAUGUGCAUGUUCUGCGGCGAUCCGUAUUCGGUCGAGAACGUUCUCGGUCCGCUGCUCAGCCAUCAGUGUUGCUUUCUCAGCGGAGAUCGGUCUAUAGUGUUAGAAACGUUCCUGGGGGAAUCCAAACGUCGGGUCGAGGUGAUUAUCUCGAGUUUUCACGGAGCUAACGCGUUCAGAGACGAGCUGGUGCACGGCUUCAUCCUCGUCUAUUCCACGAAGCGGAAAGCGUCGCUCGCAACUUUAAAUGCCUUUUCCAUGAACAUACCAAAUCUGCCGAUACAAAUAAUGGCUGUGACCGACACCGGUGGUGCGAACGCGUUUUUCAGCAACGACUUGAGUCAUUUACUCAUCACAGAGGGGAAUGCCACUGCGGACAGAUUGCAGGCGCAUUUCAUGACGUCCGCUUCGAGCUGUCAGCAGAAAACCGCGUUUUAUACGCCUUUCUUCAAAGAAGUAUGGGAGAAGAAGCCGGAGAUCGAACAGGCGUUCAAUAUGGAGGAGCCGGGCAAUUUGAACGACAGCGGUGAGGGCACCCUGGAAUACUCGGCUCUGCACCCAAUGCCACCGCCGCGACAUGAGAGUUAUCACCUUCAGACGCCGGAUGACGGUAUGUCUGUAACUUUCAGAAGCGGCUCCGAGUCGUACGAGCAAUUGACGCCGGACGGCGAUCUCGGUGACACCGGUCUCACUGAACAAUUCGCUGAUCACCGAGCUACGCCGAGCGACGACAGCGACAUUUAUAGCCAAGUCGAUUUCUAUCGCGAGGAACGGGAGAGAGAUCUGAUGAAAAACGAGGACAUCACGAACAAGCUGUCCGGUUGGGUAAAGGACACAUUUAUGCACCAAGAUGGAGUCACUAACAGUUACUCACACAGAGCCUUUACGACAGGUCGACGACACAUUUCCCAGGCUAAACCGCGACCGAAAGGGAACAGUCAGACCUUGAAACAGCCCGGGAAGAUAAAUCUGAAAGAUUUUUCGAAUGUGACAGACGCGAUAGCCAGGAUGUCGAUAGGCGAGAAAGACGAGCACGGCCCGAAACUGACCACGAUGGGCCAUGCGCCCCUCGCCACGCCGGAAUUAGUCGACCUUGGCUCUGAAUAUGCGCAAGUGAAGGACGUUGUCCCGAGCAUGUAUUCGGCAUAUGAUGGCGACUACAUGUACGCCUUAGUGCAAGAUUCCAUCGGCAAUAACAAGUCCAAGCUGCGUCAUCGGCGUGAAAAGGGGCAGCCAUCGUACAGCGAUUCCGAUUCAGAGUGGAGUUCCUUGGAGAGACAGAGGGUGACCGACGCUUUGGGCAAGGCGAACAAAAAGCCUUCGUCACACAAAAGAAUACGUAAGAAACGCACCGCAAUACCAGUCGCGACGCCCAAAGUGCCGUCGUUAGCCAGCAUGGGGAGCGGAGACGGUAUAGUUGGUUUAAACUACAACAUGAAGGACGACAAGAACUGGCGCGUUGAUCCAGCGGAUAGAGUAUCUAGCGAAACGCCCGACACUUCCGAAUCAAGUGACCCGGAGCAUACUUCGAGGUCCAGAUCGAAACAGUACAAGUAUGCGGCGGUUAGUCUGCGGAAAAGAUUCUCCGGGAAUUCUCUGCAGCAGCAGCACCUGCAACAUCCGUUUAAUGUGAAACAUAUGACGCAGGAGAUGUUCAGCGCCUCUUCCAAGCAGAGAGGUGAAAAUACAUUUGGUAUUCCAGAUGAUGAAUCAAGUCUGGACGUUUCCUCACCGCGAGAGAUCAAUUCGCCCAGCUUUGGUAUAUUGAACAAAUCAAAGGACGGAGACAAGUUGACCAGGAAGAAGGACAAGCAGAAGGCGAAGGAGGACGAGAAAUUGGAGAAGAGAAGGCAGAAGGAGGAGAAGCUCAAGAAGCAUGCGGAAAAGGAAAAAGAGAGGGAGAAAAAGAAGCAAGAGAAAAUCAAGCAGACCAAAGGCCCGGGUGGCACACCGAUCUCGAGUCAGUCGCAGCAACCCUUGAUUGAGGAUUUCGCGCAGAGCGAAACGAAUCGGAUACCCCUGUUCCUCGAGAAGUGCGUGCGAUUCAUCGAGGACGAAGGACUGGAUUCGGAAGGAAUAUACAGGGUGCCGGGUAAUCGGGCGCAUGUGGAGUUGCUUUUUCAAAAGUUCGAAGAAGAUGGUAAUGUCGAUAUACAUUCUUUGGAUAUUCCUGUAAAUGCUGUCGCUACAGCAUUAAAAGAUUUCUUUUCCAAGAGGCUACCCCCGUUGAUCGAUAAAGAACGCAUGACUGAGCUGGAAGAUAUAUCAGGUGCACGGGGCAAACCUAUGUCAGCUACUUGUAUGAACAUGGAAGACCGAAGUUGCAGAUUGUUGGCUUUACGUUUGAUGCUCAACAAGUUGAAUCCUGUAAACUUUGAUGUUCUCAAGUUUAUCUUCCAGCAUUUCGUGAAGGUCGCUGAGAACUGCAAGCUUAACAGUAUGGACAGCAAAAAUCUGGCGAUCUGCUGGUGGCCUACGUUACUACCCAUCGAGUUCAACGACCUCGGUAGAUUCGAAGCUAUGAGGCCGUACCUGGAAGACGUGGUCCAGACGAUGAUCGAUCAAUAUCCCUUCCUGUUCUGCGGCGAGGAGGCCAUUGUGAUGGUGUAGUGACGAAUGCGCUGCCAAGUGCAUAGUGCAUAGUUGCUGUGCGAGCACAAGUGAACAAGUUUCGAUGGAUGCAUGGAUGAUAGGUGGGUGGAUGUGAAUGGACGAACGAACGAACGAACGAGUGGAUGAGAAUGGAUGGAUAGUAGCGGAGCGUCGCGAGCAUCAUCCCCGCUCGCGGAAUAAUCCGAUACAAUUUUGUACGCGGUCGGCGUGAUUACGCGAUCGGGCAUAAACGAUUGGUCUCAAUAUAGUUUGUAUCGAUAUUAACUUCGCUUUAGCGCAUUCGUAACCGCGAUUAAUAACGUGCAGGUCCCACGGCGCGACGUGGACGAUCGAGCUCGGAGAAGAGUCUAUUUCGGUUUUCUCAGUCGCAGCGUUUCGUUCGUUUCCUUCGGAAUGCGACGAGUCGUGAGAUCCUCUUCUCCCCCUUACGACGAACGGAAUGAUCGGUCGGUCGAUGGUCCUAAAGAGAAACGGCUGUUCGCGCGCAGAUCAGAGAUAAUAACGCGAGUAAUAUGAGUCAAUCCAUGUGUCAUAAUAGUAUGCAUGUACCAUGUUGAAUGUAUCCAGAGCGAUGUAUUUAUUGAUAUUAUAUUAGGAAUAAGGUUCGGUAUUUGAUAAUAGCGAUUAGCUUAUAGCUGAGAAGAUAAGAUCGAUGUUGCUUUUUCUGUUUUCUUUUUCUUCUUAGUUCGCUUCCCGGUUGUAACUUGUUUUCAUGCCGUUUCUUCGCGUUCCACAUGUCCGUAUCGCGAGGAACGAAAAUGCUGAACCGUGAAACGAAGUGACACACUGACGCAGCCUCGUUGAAGAGGUUGUAGUUAGAAUCUAAAAAAAGAUGACCACGCAUCCAGCCCGUAUCCAGCCGAAAGAAUGUGAAACUUAACGAUUCAUCGUCAAAUAAUAUAUAUAUACAUAUAUAUAUAUUUGAGUGUGUGUAUACACACACACACGCGCGCGCGCGCACGCACGCACGCACGCACGCACGCACGCACGCACGCACGCACGCACGCACACACGUAUACAUACAUACAUACAUAUAUAUAAAACACAUACAGCAACGAUAUCAAAAACCCACAAAGUUAUAUAUUUUCUGUAUUUAUUGUUUUCUUUUUUUUUUUUAUUUUCAUCACAGCACAAAUCGAGUCUCGAGCGUGUUUUACUUCUCAAUGUAGAUUAUCGUACAAGAAUUUUUAAAAUAGUGUUUAUCGUGUGACAGGACCUCGAGGCAGGCCGGAACGAUGAUACAAACCGUAUAUUCUCAUUCCGUCUAAAGAGAUAAAGUGAAAACGUAAAAAAAGCAAAAUACGUGAAAAGCAUCACAGAUAAUUGCACAAAUCUCGGUAAACAGCGAUGGCAAGCGUGUGCGAAAAAAGAAAAGAAUGGAGAUAGUUAUAUAAAAAAAAAAAAGAAGAAAAGAGAAAAACAUUUUGGGAAAAUCUCACUUUGCGCACAGCACACACACACACACACAGACACACACAUACACGCAUCGAAUCGAAUCGAAACUACUGUAUUAAGAAGUAUUUACAGCUACGAACAAUACUAAAAUUUCUUAAAACGAAUAUGUACAUAGAAAUUUAACGAUUUAAGGUACGAGAUCCAUUAACGAGAAAUCGCUAAAUUUACGCGGACUUUUCCGACGACGAAGAAUUUAGCCCCGUUUUAACGCAGCCAGCUGAUGUCUCGUCGUUUGUAUUUUCGCAAAAAAGAACGAAAAAAAAGAAAAACGCAGAAAGUAUUUAUUAACGCAGUAUUAUUGCGCGCGGUGUAUUCGAUCGCGAGGAUCAUGAUUCGCUUGGAUUGUCGAGAGGAGGAAGGAAAAUAAGCGUCGUCUGAUUAGCUCAUUCGCAUAUUCGAGACUCUUUAGAAAUGUAACCGCCGCGAAUUCAGUUUCUCCGUUCUCCGUGCUCGCUUUGAGUUCGCACCCGAGAUCCGAAUCCGCGACGUGAAUUGACAAAUUUUCCGACUCCGGAUAACUCUUUUGUUUUCGUAGGUGUGCCAUAACUUAAGUCGAUGUUAACGAGAUCGUAAAUGAUAGGUAUACAUCAUGCCUUUUGGCGGCUCAACAUUCGAAAGUAAGCUUGCGCGCGCGUCCACGCUGUUCGAGCGAAUUGACAGCGAAUGUUCGCGAGAGACACUCAAUCGCCCGUGAAUGUUGAAGCCACUAUACGAACUAGAGAGAGGAAGAGCGAGAGAGAGAGAAAGAGAGAGAGAGAGAGAGAGAGAGAGAGAGAGAGAGAGAGAGAGAGAGAGAGAGAGAGAAAACGCAACAACACACUUUUGUAAUUCGAAGAUUAACCGCAAACAUUCCCGUAAGGAACGUCGAUGUUACUUCGCCGUCUCGAGAGGAGCGCGUUUCAACUGGAUCGGAAAUCCGUGAUAUCGUGAGAAAAAGAAAGAGAGAGAAAAAGAAAAGAAAAUCUCAUCCGCGAUAAACGAGAGCGACUUCCUCUCGAGGAACCAGGCCGUCAGCGAAACGCGCGUCUCGCGAAACACGCUAUACGCUCCGUAUUUGUAAGGAUAAAACGUUGUAACGAUAUUUCUACGAUCGAAAACGCGUUGCAAGCAGCGCAUCGUGGCGAAAGACAGAUAGAGAGAGAGAGAGAGAGAGAGAGAGAGAGAGAGAGAGAGAGAGAGAGAGAGAGAGAGAGAGAGAGAGAGAGAGAGAGAGAGAGAGAACGGAUCGUGCACAUUCCCAUUUAGUCGUAAAGGAAAAAAAGAUUUUAUACAUUCGUACGUACGUAAUUGUAUAAUGUUCUUAAUAGGAAGGAAAAGACGUCGAUGUUUUUACGUGUGGGAGCGCGAAACGGUCGAGAAAGACGUCGUGAAUAAUGACGACGCGACCGGCGCUUUCGCGUCGACGAUGUUAAAGCGGCUAAUUUGUGUCGAAAGACUUGGGAGAUGUUUCCUCUUCUUGUUCUUCUCCGUCUUUUUAUCUUCGUCUGUUUAACGUGUACAUCGAGAGUCGACCGUUCAGUUAGAGCACUUGCGAAAUUUUUCCCACGAUUUAGAUCACACGCGUGUGUUCACCGAGAGUCGCUUGCACCGUUUCAUUGAUCUCAUUUCUCUUGCAAAAGAGUCGCACGUUUUGUCGCACAUUGAUGGUUAACUUAGAUAUAAUGUAUUACGGUAUUUUCCCGUCUGUGCGAUAUCAUUAGAAUCGUUUGUGCAGAGAUAAUCCGGAAUUAGCAAUGAUGCAAUCGCCACCGCUGAGCUUCUUCGUUAGCGAAUCUGUCGUGUGUAUUUCGUAUAAUAACUCGAGCGACUUUCUAUCAUUUUCCAAGCGACUAUCGUUUGAGAACCUUGCGCAAGCUGUAUUCCUUCAAAUGCAAUCGAAUGAAGCAGUUCGCUGCGACGGCGAUCUAACUAGUUUUUCUCGAAAAACUUUGAGAGUUUUUCGCUAAAUUAUUAUCUGACAAAUCGUUAUAGCUUUAUUAUUUUGACAAAUAGUCGUAGCUUUUAUGAAUUUCUGAUUAUUAGUCGAAAAUGUACUUAUUUUAUAUAAGAAGUAUUUAUUUAAACAGUUGUAAUUAAUUUGCAUAAUAGUAAUUUGCAAUUAUGGAUAUCGGUCUGAGAAAUUUUCAGAAUCCGAGAAUAAAUCAAUCGAGACGCUUGUGUAUCUUCGUUAAUCCGUAUUUCUUUUUUAUCCUUAAGAAUAAAAUUCUUAUCAGAUCAUUAUAGUCCUAAUUAUCUGCGUAUCAGUUGUGUUCUGUUCUUGAAAACUCAGAGCGACCGCCGCAGCGACGCAGAACCGCAAUCGUAGCCUCGCCUUUCGUCGCACUCUCUCGUGUCCACCACGAUGUUAACAGUUAAGCAAUAGCACAAGAAACGAAUCUGCCGAGUAACAAAGAGGUAUUCGCCGACGCCGACGACGACGAACGACGACGUAGUAAUAAUGAUAAUAAUAUUAAUUAGCGAGCACGAAGUAACGAUCACCAGGCUUCGCAACGACUCGUCCUAGGCUCCUCAUCGUCACCGUCACCGUCACCGUCAUCGUCACCAUCGGCUGUAUCAUCAUCGUCGUAGUUGUCCCUCGACACGUAUCCAUCGAGCGUCUUCUCCCUCGCAAAGCCUAAAGGGAGAAAAACCACUUUUUCUACGAUACGUCCGUUAAGAUUUCCGCUUGUCUCUUCUCGCUGUACGAGGACGGGCCGAGGACGGGCCCUCUCCUCUUCCCUGCGUAUCCACCAAACCACCUCUCACACCUCCCGAUUACGAAUACGAAUAUAUCCUUGCGUUGUCUAACGUAGCCUGUGAUAAGAACGUAGGCGUACGGACCUUGUUUCCCUUAUUUAUAACAUCGGCUGAUGUACGGAUGUAUUAUAGUUGUACAGUUGCAUCUCGGAUGAUGUGUAUUAUAAAGCCCGGUUUACUUUUGCGUUCUCUCACGCGUUCGUCUCUUUGUACUUGCGUAUUAUUAUUACUAUUAUUAUUAUCUUCAUCAUCAUUAUCAUCAUAAUCAUCAUUAUACAUACUUUAUCGAAUGGUCCGCGUACAUCGUCUCGUGUUGUUUUUCGCAUUGCGCUUCACGUCCCUGUUCACCCCCGAGAACUUUGAUUAUUUCUUCUCUUUUUCUGUCACUUACAAUCCUCUUUGCACACUUUGCGAGCAUCUCUGAGGUAACGAUGGAACAUCGCGAAGAGAGAUCACGGGAGACCAUGUGCCGCGCGAAACGCAUCUCGUCAAUUGCUCGUAUCGAAACGUAUUAUAUUCGUUGAUUCACCGAUCUCGCCCUUUCACGGAGUGUCACGGCGAGACUUUCAGUCUUUUUCGCGAUCGACGACGACAACGAUGAGACGCGAAGUGAGAUCUCAGUCUCAGCACGUUCGCAGCAAAUCGAAAGAGCUCAGCAUUUGUUGCUGGCGCGUCCUCUCAGCGAGUCUCCAAACUGGAUUUAGCCGCGUUUUGCAUUAUUUUAUACCUUGACGUUCUUUAUAACGAAAUAAAAUAAAAAGAAACGUAUUUGUAGUGUUACAUUUAUAUAUUUAUUUUGUAGCGUUGUGUAUACUUGAGUGUCGCCGCGCGCGACUUUUACCGCGGAAGGAUCUUCCUCGGCCUUGUCUCUCUCUCUUUCUCUCUCUCUCUCUCUCUCUCUCUCUCUCUCUCUUUUACCGAAAUUACGUCUCUUUGUGAGAAGUGACGCUCCAAAUGCAAGAUACGAGCAAUAA